GGGAAUCGAAACAAGAUGGCGGGAGGCAGCAUUGAAUAAAAGAGUGUAGAAAGUCCGCGCUCUGACAAAAUGCCUCGUCCGAAAAGAAGUGUGAGUAUAUUGUUGUGCCCGUUAACAGUAUAUUUGCCGGAGAUUUGUAUGCUUCGUGUCAUCUGUAAAUUAUUGCCAUAGUUGUCAGUGACGAGGCAUAUUCAUCCUUCGGGUUACAAAGAAGGUAGCAUAUCCUGAUAUGAGUGAUAAUGAGAAUAUGUCGGGUGGUUCAGACAGUGAUUUUGAUGACGAUGAAGACCCCGAUAAAAUUGAAGUUCCAGGAGGUGGUAAAGAUUUGGCUACAGCAGCCUCCAUAAGCUCUCUUAAAGAAGAACCUAAAGAUGAGAAACCAAAAAUUGAAGAUUUACCAGGGUCAAAUGCAGGGAGUAAUGCUGCGAGUCAACUUCCUUCGAAGAUUCCUGGAGGUCUAGUAACAAAAGCGAAUUCAUCGUUAGGUUAUGAAAAAGUACGUGUUGGUGCAUCACAAGGGCAAGCACCAUUUCCAUUUUCUGCUCCUGGUGGUUUAUUUGGCGGAAUGGGCUUUUUUCAAGGAAUGCCUGGCAUGCCACCAUCUUUAACACCAGCCUUUCUUCAACAAACCAUGGAACUGGGAGGAAUGAACCCUAUGGCUGCUGCUGCCGCAGCUGCAGGCCUUGGACCAGGAUUCAUGCAGCAAAUGAACCCCUUUCUCAUGCAACAAAAUGGAGGAAGUGCAGCUCUGCUACAUCAGCUGUUGGGACCUGCUAUGCAUCAAGGUUGGGCUGGUGGUCUGUCUGGGAAAACAGUAUCUCAACUUUGGAUGGGAGAAGAAGCUAAGAUGAACAUGAUGGGGGGUGGUCAAGAAGAAGAGGAAGUUGAUGAUGAAGAAAUGGGUGUGGCAGAAACUUACUCAGAUUACAUGCCAUCAAAAUUGAAAUUGGGUAAGAAACAUCCUGAUCCUGUGGUGGAGACAGCCUCUUUAUCAAGUGUUGCUCCCACGGAUGUAUGGUACAAAUUACAGUUACCAGAUGAAACAAUUCGCUCUGGUGCACUGUCUGCUCUUCAGUUGGAAGCUAUCACCUAUGCCAGUCAGCAGCAUGAGCACUUCCUUCCAGAUAAAUCUCGGGCUGGCUUUCUCAUAGGUGAUGGGGCUGGUGUUGGAAAAGGAAGAACUAUUGCUGGAAUAAUUUUUGAAAAUUACAUCCGUGGGCGAAAACGAGCUAUUUGGGUAUCUGUCUCAAAUGAUCUCAAAUAUGAUGCAGAGAGAGAUUUGCAUGACAUUGGUGCUAACAAAAUUGAAGUACAUGCUCUAAAUAAGUUUAAAUAUGCAAAAAUAUCUUCAGCUGUUAAUGGUAAUGUUAAGAAAGGUGUCAUAUUUUCAACAUACUCUGCUCUUAUUGGAGAAAGUUCUCAGUCUGGUGGCAAAUAUAAAACAAGAUUGAAGCAGCUAUUGCAAUGGUGUGGUGAAGAUUUUGAUGGAUUGGUGGUAUUUGAUGAGUGUCACAGGGCCAAAAAUCUGUGUCCUGUGGGAUCAAGUAAACCUACCAAGACUGGAUUAACCGUGUUGGAACUUCAAAACAAACUACCCAAAGCUAGAGUAGUCUAUGCUUCAGCUACUGGUGCUUCAGAGCCUCGAAAUAUGGCAUAUAUGACCCGCUUAGGAAUUUGGGGUGAGGGUACACCUUUUCCUGAGUUUGCGGACUUCAUCCAGGCAGUUGAGAAACGUGGUGUAGGAGCAAUGGAAAUUGUGGCUAUGGACAUGAAAUUAAGAGGCAUGUACAUAGCAAGGCAGCUAUCUUUCCAUGGAGUUGCCUUUAAGGUGGAUGAGGUAUCAUUGGCAAAAGAAUUUGUUGAAGUAUAUGAUGCUUCUGUUCGCCUCUGGGUAGAAGCAAUGAGAAAAUUUCAGGAAGCUGCUGAGCUUGUUGAUGCAGAAAAUCGUAUGAAAAAAACCAUGUGGGGACAGUUCUGGUCAGCACAUCAGCGAUUCUUCAAAUAUUUAUGUAUUGCUUCAAAGGUUGCUCAUGCAGUGUCUGUUGCUCGGGAAGCUGUAAAAUGUGGGAAAUGUGUAGUAAUAGGUCUUCAGUCCACUGGAGAAGCACGGACCCUUGAGCAAUUGGAGAGAGAUGAUGGUGAACUGUCUGAUUUUGUAUCAACCGCAAAAGGGGUCCUGCAAACUUUGGUUGAAAAACAUUUCCCUGCUCCUGAUAGAAAUCGUAUUCACAGACUUCUUGGCUUGGAACCUCCAAAGAAAGGCAUGGGAAGCAAUGGGGACAUUGAUGAGGCUGGAAGCUCCUCUGGGAAAAGAAAGCCAGUACGUCAAGCUGCACAGCGUGCAGUCAAGAGAGUCCGAAUGGACUCUUCUGAUUCUGAAAUUUCAGAAGAAGAAGAAAGGGAGCGGGGAAGUUCUGGGUCAGAAUUUAAAUUAUCUGCCUCGGAUAGUGAAAGUGAAAGUGCGUCUGAUAGCCAGGCUUCAUCAGAUUUUAACCCCUUCUACAGCGAUUCUGAUUCUGAUGCAGAUCCAUGGGAUAGGCGUAAGAAGAAGGGAAAGAAACAUAAGAGCUCGUCAUCUAAAAAACGGCAGUCUACUGGAGAAAAAAUUGGUUCUCUUCUUCGAAAACAGUCUCGUCACAGACAUAAAGGAAGUAGCAAAAGAAAUGGUGACGGUGGCGCUGCUGGGGAUGGAGGUAGUGGUCGUCCUUAUGCUCCUCCAAAAGAUGCUAUUGAAAGAGCGUGUGGAAUGAAGGAGGAAUUAUUGUCACAAGUGGAAACUUUGGGCGAUAGUUUACCUCCCAAUACUUUAGAUCAGCUCAUUGAUGAACUUGGUGGACCUGACAAUGUAGCCGAGAUGACAGGACGUAAGGGUCGUGUUGUGCAAACUGAAGAUGGAAUUCAAUAUGAAUCACGUUCUGAAGUUGAUGUACCUCUGGAAACCUUGAAUCUCACAGAGAAACAACGUUUUAUGGAUGGGGAAAAAGAUGUUGCCAUUAUCUCGGAAGCUGCAUCCAGUGGUAUUUCGCUUCAAAGCGAUAGGCGAGCUCGAAAUCAGAGACGCAGAGUUCAUAUCACUUUAGAAUUGCCCUGGAGUGCUGAUCGUGCAAUCCAACAAUUUGGGCGUACCCAUCGAAGUAAUCAGGUUAAUGCACCAGAGUAUAUCUUCCUCAUCUCGGAUUUGGCUGGAGAAAGACGAUUUGCUUCUAUUGUUGCCAAAAGAUUGGAGAGUCUGGGUGCACUAACUCAUGGAGAUCGACGUGCUACUGAAACACGUGACUUAUCGCAAUUUAACAUUGACAAUAAAUAUGGCCGAUCGGCUUUGGAAGCAACAAUGAAGACCAUUAUGGGCUACGAACAGCCACUUGUUCCUCCUCCAUCAGAUUACAAAGGAGACUUUUUUAAGGAUGUAGCAGAUGCGUUGGUUGGAGUAGGGCUAAUCUGUAACAGUGAUUCUGCACCAGGAGUCCUUAUGUUGGACAAGGAUUAUAAUAAUAUGAGUAAAUUUCUCAAUAGAAUUCUUGGUAUGCCAGUGGAUCUUCAAAACAGGUUAUUCAAGUACUUUACAGACACGCUAAAUGCGAUUGUAACGCAGGCUAAAAAGUCUGGACGUUUUGACAUGGGAAUUUUGGAUCUUGGAACAGCAGGUGAAAAUGUUCGAAGAGUGAAAUUGUUUACUUUCCUUCGCCGUCAUGCUACUGGUUUGGCUACAACUGAACUUCACAUUGUUCAUGUAGAACGUGGUAUGAGUUGGGAUGAUGCAACAAAUCGUUGGUCUGAGCUGACAGGAGCUUAUGAAGGCUUUUAUCUCUCUCACCAAAUACGAAACAAUAAGCAAACGGCAAUUCUAGCAGUAGCUGUAGGAACAUCCUCCAGCAAAAAAGAUGGUAGCACUAAGAAGGAUAAAGAACAAUUCUAUACCAUCUACAGACCAAAUACUGGUCUCCAGUUAAGACAAGAAACUUUGGGAGAACUUGAGAAAAAAUAUAAAAAAGUAUCCUCUGAAGAUGCCCAAACUCAUUGGGUUCAGCAGUAUGAUGCUUCUGUUAAUACUUGCUCACAUGCUUACUGGAGAGGGAACUGUAAAAAUGUUGCAUUGGGACUGGAUUGUGAAGUGGGGCUACGACGUCGCACAUAUAAUGUACUGGCUGGUUCAGUACUCAGUGUAUGGUCACGUGUUGAAAAUGUUCUGGCAGCAAGAUCUGGUCACAAUUCAAAGAUGCAAGUGGUGAGAUUGAGAACAGCUGAAGGCAUCAAAAUUGUUGGUACUCUUAUUCCUAACAGUUGUGUUGACUCCUUACGUGAGGCACUGUCAUCAGAUGCUGAAAAGACAGAUGAACAGACGUUUUGAGAAUUCAGUGAUCCUUAGGUCACAGUAGUUAAUAUUUUCAAGGACCAAGCCAUAAGGUGAAUUGCCCUGGCUGGAGUGACUGUGAAUACGGAUUGACCCUCUUAUUUGAUAAGUUCUUAUUUCUGCUUCAUUUGGCAUUUACUUUGGUGUUGUAAUGUAUGGCAAACAAUCGUAUUUGAUGUUUGCUUUCAUGAGAUCUUGUUAGUGUCUGUCAAGUUGUGUCUCUCCAGAAACACAGUGCAUCUUAGUUUUCUUCCCCAUUUGUAUAAUUUUCAUGUGUGUGUGUGUGUGUGUGCGAGCAUGCAAAAGAAUGUGCCUAGUUUGUAUGUAAGAGUGAGAGUGACUCUCGUGUAUAUGUUGAAUGUAGAAUUUCAUCUGUGAGAAAGAUUUUGCUAUUGUACAUUUUUUAUAUUUUCAUUUUUGUACUUUUUGUUGAGUCUGUUUUGUAGUUGUUCCUCCCCUUCCUCCCAUUAAUCAAGUGAUUAGAAAUUGUCAUACUGAAAAUGAAGUGCAAAAUAGAAACUCAGCCUUAUUUAUAAAGGUUAAAUUAGUGUCAUUUAUUGGAACUGAAUCUGUUUGUCGUGUAUUUGUGUGUGUGGUAAUUUAUCUUGCUCUGUCAUCAAAUGAGCACAAAGGGGUUAAUGCCCAUGAAGUUGACUUCGACUUGACUUCUAAAGCACAAAGUUGUGUGAUGUAAUGUAAUGUAAUGUAAUGUGGUGUAGUGUCACAUGCCCAGUUCAGGCUGCAUUUGAAAAGGUAGGUAUUUCUGUUUUCAUGGACUGUAAAAAGUAAACAGAAAUUGAGCAGACUGUACAAAGAAUUCAUUAUGUUAGAAGUACCUUGUUGCAAAGAAAACCAUUUUUGAGCCGUUGAUAUCUUUUGCUGUGAGGGACAGCCUGUGUGGGCAGGGGUUGAGCAAGUUCCUAAACCCUGCAGUUUGCAUAUGGAAUUUAUUAGGGCAGUUGCCCAUAGUGUUUUGUCUGCGUCCCCUUUUGCCCAUUGUUCCUGCAAGUCCCUUCUUCUAUUUUUGCAGGUUGGGCAAUAAAGUGUGACAGAGAACACAAGUGAAUGAAGCAGUAUUGCAAUAGUGUAGCAUUUUACCCAUUGUAGACUUAGAUGACCACAUGACAUGCUAAAAAAUUGGUUAACUUGCUUGUCAUGGGGAUCUGCAGUAGGGACUGCAUGCUUUAUCAAGGAUGAAUGUCCUUGCUUCUCCCUAAUACAUAAGUGUUAAUUGUUCUCAUUCAUGACUCAAGUCAUGUCUUAACAUUGUACUACAGUCUUUCUUGGUUUUGUACUGUACGAUACUCUCUAUUUCAAAUUUUAUUUUGUACGGUGCCCCUUUUACAACAGUAAUUUGGAAGAUAGAAAAGUUAACAUGUGAAGAACAUGUAGAAUGGUAUUUUUUACGGAAGUAAAAUUAUAUUUAAUUCUGUUGAGUUGUAGCUGCAAAUGUUUUAUCAUUUUCUGUAUCACAUCUGUGUUAUUUAUAACAAGUAUUGUCCAUAAAAUAUUUAAAAAAAAAGGAAAGUGUGUUUCUUAUUAUUUCAAGUAAGACAGUAUUCCUCUGAGAGGUAUUUUGAGAUUGGGUUCUUCUCCCAUUAAAAACAAUUAAGAAAAGAAACUCAAAUAUGGCAAUAUGUUUUGGCACAUUUGUAAGCCAUUCUUUAGGGCUGGUUUUAUCUUGAAUGUUAAUCUUUAUCAUGUUAUUCAUAUGCACCAAAAUAUGUCUCACUUUAGUACACUAAGAUUUCAAAUGACAUUGCUUGUCUCCAUUGGAUUCAGAGGAAAGAGAAACAUUUACAGAUAAUGAAGCCCUGGAGAACACUUUUGAAGACUUGAAGCCUUAGCAACAAACAUUAAAGAAUAACCCUAAACUCAAGAAUACUCUUAGUUGUUACAAAGACAUCAUGAAUCUUUGUACCGGUACUUCAUUACUUUCUUGUAUGAAUUGUGUUGCAAUUACUUUGUAGUACUUCCUUGCUUGCUUUCAAUAAGUAAUGAGGACUUAUUCAUUCAAGGACCCUUAAAUACAUAAAAUUUCUAGAUCCUGCAGUUUGUACUGGGUAAAUGUAUCUUGUAAAAAGAAUUGUGAUGGUUGAUAAUAUUUUGAUCAUUGAAAGAUUACCAAAUGUUUGAAGUGGAAAUUAGUUCAGUUGCCAUCCAAUCAUUCAUUCCAUUGUCCAUUUAAGCUACUGAUCCAGCUCAUGCUAUGAAAUGGUAGAAUAUAGAACGUAGAACAUAAGGUAUGAAAAACUAAUUAAUGCUGAUAUAUCAACAUGCUCAAAAUUAAAACUCAUAUGCUUAUGUCAUUGUCCCA